GCUAAAGAAAACAAAAAGAAAAGGAAAAAUAAACAGAAAGCCUUGAGAGAGAAAAUCUAGAGAGAGAAAUUAGCGGUGGGAUUAAAAAUGGGCACAUUGGAUUCUCCGCUCGAAGCUCUGGCUCUCAAUUACCUGACUUACGGUUUCCUCACGGUCGUCAACAGUAUAUGGCCCUGGGUGGCCGUCAUAACGGCCGCCGUUAGUUUCUGGCGGAUCAGGGCUCUCUCGUCGCCGGAGCUCCGCAAUGCUGCGUCCUGCAAGGCGGAGGCGGAGGAGGAGGAGGAGGAGGAGGCUAUUGUUUCAGAUGCUCCCGCUCGGGCAUUCUGCUGCCGCGUAUUGGCGAGAGAAUGCAGCACGAAAACGAAGUUUAGAUUGUAUUACGAGGAGGAGGAUUUUAGAGGAGACGACGGCGGUGAGAGUGACGAUUACCGGAGUGAGGUGGCGGCGGCGGAGGCGGCGGUGAGUGAGAAGUUGGAUUAUUGCCCUAGGCGGCGGUGCGACGAUUGGGAGAGAACGAUGGUGGUGAUGAGAAUGGGGGACUUGGGGUGGUACCGGUGGCAAGAUAUGACUGUGCUGGACGGCAGCGUGGUACGGUUGUGGGAAGGGCGUAGGCGGUAGGUGCAGACAUGCGGCGGCGACGGCGGAUGGUGGUGGCGCCGUGUGGUGGGGUCAUCAAUAUAUAAAUAUGUACUACAGCGUAGUAAAUUGAUGGGAAUAAUUAGUCAUUUCCGAAUCCUUUUGUGAUGACAGAGUUGCUAAGGUUUCUGAGCUGAAAAUUGUACAUACAUUUUGUCGGAUCUUUAUUACUGCAACAAUUCCAUUUUUGCCCUCUCUU